CCUCCAUCCACCAUCUUCUUCUCAACCCCGAACCCCCAAGCCCCCAACCCAUGGCCGCCGCCGCCGCGGUCGCUGUCGCCACUGGCGCCGACUGGACCGUCGUCCGCCGGCGUGGCGGCCGCCGCAGGGGAGACGCCACGGUCACCACCUCCCACCUCGACGCCCCGCCGCCACUCCCGUUGACCCCGAUCCCCUGGGCGCCCUCCGACCCUUCCCUCGAUCCGGCCCGCGUCUCCCGCCUCCUCGACCGCGCCCGCGCCGCGAUCUCCCGUGUCGAGGCAUCCCGCCUCUAUCGCCGCCUCCUCCUCCCCGACUCCCCGCUCUGCUGCCGUCUCGCCUCGCUCGGCCCCGCCCGCCUCUCCCUCCUCGGCGUCGGCAGCUUCGAGUCCUCCCCGGCCGCGCGCCUCCAGCUCGCGCUCGCGGCCCUCCUCCGCCGCGACCUCCUCGCGGGCGCCUCCGCCACGGCCGACCUCUUCGACCCCGUCCUCUCCUCUGUUGAGUGCGCCGUCGCCGUCGCCCUCGGCUUCGCCGUCCCGAGCCUCGACGACGGGUGCGGCCGCCGCGUGGAGGAGCCCACCCUCUUGUACAUGCCCCACUGCGAGGCGUCGCUCUACGACGCGCUGCUCGCGGCCAACUGGGAGCCCCGCGCUCAGCUCCGCCGCGUCUGCGUGCUCGGCAACAGCUUCCGGCGGUACGCUCUGCAGGCGGAAGAGAACCGCUCGGGGCCCGCCGCCAAGGCCAAUCUUGUCCUCAAGGCAGGGCGGUUCGCGUGGGAGCAGCGGAUCGACGAGGCCGGGGAUGUGGACGACGAGGACUGGUUCGCCCGUGCGUUCAACGAGACGAGCUGGCAUUUCUUCGAGGUGGACGAGGACGUCGACCAGAGGACGGAGAUAAGUUCCCAAGCUUUGUCCUUUGAGAAAUUAUCACUGUAACCCAAUGUUUUACUUGCUUCGAGAUGCAUUUAGAGAUUCAGGGUUGGCAUCUUCACACAAUUUGUUACUGCAAUUCUGUGAUUGUAUACUAUAGUAUUUGAUUAGAGAUGAAUUCACAAAUUCGGAGUUAGCAUCUGAGCAUAAUUUAUCACUGUAAUUCUAUGAUUGUAUUACUUGAUUGGAGAUAUAUUCAAAGAUUCAGAGUUGGCAUCUUAAUGAAAUUCAUCACAGUAAUUCUUUGAUUAUAUACUAUUACCUCCGUCCCACAGGAGUUGUCCUAGAUUUAUUUAGACAAAUCUAAGACAACUAAUUUGGGAUGGAGGGAGCACUUGAUUGGAGACAAAUUCAUAGAUUCAGAGUUGGCAUUUAACACUAUAAUUCUAUGAUCGUAUUACUUGAUUAGAGAUGCAUUCCAAGAUUCAGAGUUGGCAUCUUAACGAAAUUUGGAGUUUACUUUAUCUUCAUUUGCAUUGAACAAGAACGAAAGCUGCGCGGAUUUGUAUUUCUGAAUUUAGACAUUGAGUCCCCACAUUACUGGCUGUGACCCAAUUUCCAGUGUCCUGCGAGGUUUAUUGGUUGAUUGAUAUGGGAAAUGGGUACUCUGUCCUAGAACAUAACCUGUAAGGCUGCUUCUUCUGUAGGACAUUUUUUUAUCUGUUGUAGCUUGCAGAUUUCAUUAAAAGGGAACCAUUAAGGUUCAGUACGAACCACUUGCUCAGAAUGCAAGGAGAAAUAUCACACAUGAUCUAAGGUGAACACUGAGCAGCCUGCUGUCCUAUAACAUUCAGAAAGGUAAAGGCAGAUUGGUUUGCCACUCACAUAACCAAAAGAAAUCCGUAGGAACCCCCAGGAUCUAUUUAUCUUUCUAUUUCCAUGAGCCAUAUAUAGCAUCAUAAUAUUCUGAAUUCUCAACUAAUUUAACUAAUCUCUCCUGAGCUCAUUCUAUACAUGUGACUGAAAAUUAGCUGUGAUCUUUACAUAACGGGAUCCCGCCCCUUCCAUUGGUCAAAACCCUCACAGACCACCAUCUUCAGCCCUCCAGAUCCUAGUUGGAGAUCAUCGCGCACAUUGCAAGGACGAUGCAUUCAAAAGUUCAAAGUUCAUAUCUUAGCAAAAUCUGGUGUUUACUUCAUCGGUAUUUCCGAUGAAGAAGAAUGAAACCACAUCCAUUGUCUUAUCCUUGUCUCACUUGUAGGAAUUCAGACACCGAAUGAUUCCCCGAUCGCUGGCAGCGAACUGAUGAAUUGACAAGUAAACUAUCAAUGUGGCGUUGCAUCUAUCAUUUUCAGGAUGCUUGGGUGUCUCUGAGGUUAACUGACUUUUUUUCAUCGGUGCUCCACUAUAACUUGCAUGCUCUAUAUACCCUCAGAACGUUACCUGUACGGCAGUGCCUUGAAUAUUCUUCUGUAGGACAUUUUUGUGUUGUGCUCACCGGUUUCAUUAAGGGAACCAUGAAGGUUAAUUACAAACCACUUGCCAAAAAAUGCAAGGAGGAACAUAGCGCUAUACUGCUAUCGUAUACAUCCGGGAAGCCGGAAAAGGUGGAGGCUGAUUGGUUUUCCCCUCACCUAAGGAAAAGAAAUCCCUUAGGCUUUGUUUGGUAGAAGUGGAUUGGGGAGGUUUGGGGAGGGGGGGGAUUUCAGAGGAUUUGGUGAAUCCCUUCCUUCCACCCAAUCCCCUCGAAACCUCUUGAAAAUCCCAAACCCCUCCAGCCACAAAUCCUGUUUAUAUGAAAAACUUGUUUGGUUGGCAGGGAUUAUGAGCUAUAGCAAGUAAAGAAAGUUAGUUUUGCCAUUAAAAAAAAGAGACAUGAAACAGAAUAGUUGGCACAUAUUCAAAUGCCCACCUCUCCUUGACUUAUCCAGGUGAUCAAAAGCUAGUACAACUACUGUACCAUUAACGCUAACUUGUAUAAGGUCCACUGUGAGGCUAACUUCUGCAAUGAAAAUGCACAUAAUAUUCAACCUACAGAACACUGCCUUCUGAACUAUUUCAGUCAACCAAAGAAGUUUGAGAGACCUUAAGCCUAACAUCAUUACAAAUGGCAAGUCCCAUGGCACUGUUUGGUUCAGAAGAGCAGAAAAAUAAACAAUCAGAUCAUCUCUCAUCCAACACCAUCAUUCACAAUUUUGUUCUUUCAACCAAUGUGCUAACGAAGCAUUGGCAACCAUUAAAAAAUUUAGUAAAGCAGUUCUAUCAUCUAAAUCUGCUCCAAACUGAAGAAUUGCAGCAUCUAGUAGCCAACGGGCCUUCAAAACGGAGAUGGACAAGAACAGUAGACCAUGAGCUGGAAAGUUCUUAACUCCAUGCGAGGAGGAAGAAGCCGUGUCCCUGGCCAUGGCCCUAGGGUUUGCAGGGGAGGGGAUGGAGAAGUGGAGAACAGGGAAGGAUUCACUCGGGAAGAUCCAGCGGAGGAGGACGCCGACGAUCUGGCGGUCGCAGGGCGAUGAAGAUCCGGCGGCGGGGUUACUCCUCUCGGUGGCGGCGGGACGACGGUCUGUCUCGGUGCGUCUUGCCCGUCUCGUUCCCUACGGGUGCCCUCGAGGCUUGGAAGACGCGUGGAUUGGAGGGGACCGAAGGGGGGUCGAAGGGGUUGGGCUGUGCAAACCCCGUGAAACAAAUGGGCCGACGAGGAUUAGUGAGGUUUCUGGGCCCCGUGAGGUUAAUCCUCUAGAAACCCUGUCGAUCCGCUUGUACCAAACGAGGCCUUAAGAACCCCCAGGUUGUUUUUCCUAUUUCUGGUAACUACAGCAUAAUGUUCUUGAAUUCUCCACUGAUUUAACCUUCAUAUCUCCCGAGCACAUUCUAUUCCUGUGACUGAAGAUCAGAUCUGAUCUUCACAUACCCAUCAAUCAAAGGCCUUUGAUGGUCACCAUCGCCAGCCUUCCAGAUCCCAAUUGGAGAACUCCAAUGGAAAAUCGAGUACAGAUCGCACGAAUUGGGCCAUCUGGUGAUUUUUUAAGUGGUGGCAUAAACACCUAACCUGUUGAGGACUCCACGACAAACACAAUUGUGCGAGAGAACAAGGAGCAAACGUAUAAACUUAGAAGAGCUUCAAAUAACUCCAUAUAAUGUCGAAAUGGGCUACUAAAACAAUAGAUGCUGAAUAGAAUCACAGAGGGCUGAAGACAUGUGGUGCAUCUUCUGCUGCUCUAUGUACAUCCCCGCUUUAAAACAGAUUAUCUUGCCAAGAAUGGUGCUUGGUAUUUAACCAAAGCCCUCUUGUCACGGCAAGCCUGGCAACUAAUACAACGUCCGGGCAGUUUAUGCUUGCAGGUUCUGAAGGCGAGGUAUGACCCGAACGAUGUCAUCAUCUCCAGAUAGGCCUGCUCCAAGCUGGGACUUAAUCUUGAAGGCCUCCAGUUGCUCAAAAGAUUCGUACCUUUGCUUGGAGGCUUCAGCACCAGGCCGGAAUGGCCUCGGCAGCUAUCCCAGCUUCAAUGGGUGACGAUGGUUAUAAAUUUCUAAUGCAAAAGCCAGCGCGUCCUGUACAACGGUACAUGAAUCCCGUCGAUUUCUCUGAUAUUUUUCUGAAUCC